AUGACGGGAUUACGGCAAAAUAACGUUAUCGGUCAAAACGCAACGCGUUGUUCGCUGUUGGUCGGACGAGUUCGGUAAAACGUGUAUAAUUACCGCGAUGCCCGCCGAAUUAGCCGUUACCCACGGUUAUAUUAUAUUAUAUAUUACAGCCACGGCGAAAAUAACCGUCAGAACGGGUACGACCAGUACGACAAGUACAAAAACGGCGCACGUAUUUGGAUUUCUCUAAACCCGCCGGGUUAUAAUGACGAGUAUGGGUACUCACUAAUCGCAAUCAUAAUUUUCGUAUUUACCGGACGCGGUAUCAUCCAAAUGGUCCAGAGCGGCGCGGACAGAUACGACGGACGGACUGUAAGACGCGGCACGCGGCGAGAACGCAAACGACUGCAGACGGACACGGCCGUCGACGGCGAGAAAAACUAG